GACAUGAGUUUUCAGGUGUGGAAUGGGAACCAGGCUCAUCGAGGGCUCAUAGGACUUCACUGCCCUGCCGAAGCGGGGUGGGAGCUGGGAGUUCCUGCUGUGCCUCCCUAGGAAGGACUCUCACCUGGUUCCACGUUCAGCUGCAAACACGUCCCAGUGAAGCCCAUCAGUGCAUCCGCCUGCUCUGUCCUUACCUGCCAGCCUCAUGGAGCCAGCAGUAGGAUGGGCUUUCAGUGCACCUGCCCCAGGCUAGGGACAAGGUGCUGCCUGGUGCUCGCUGCCUCUGACAGCAGGCACCCACCUCAUCCCCCUGACCCCAUGGUACGAAGCAUGGGCUCGCUUUGCUCCUCGCCCCCUGCAGAAGCUCAGUGUUUAUCCAACCCCCACUGGUGCCCCUCUCGCACAGCGUUUCCCCCGUUAACACACCCAGAAAGCAUCCUGCGGUGCAGUGGUGACAUUAAACCAGGGGAGGUGGCCGGGUUUCUGUUCUGAAGCUGUCAGUCCCCUCGCUCCAGCCUCCGCUCCGCAUCCGUGACUUCCCCACGCAGCUGCGAGGGACAUUAUGUGUGCAAGAGGAGUCGGGGCUGCCUGCCCGGCGCGCUGCUCACAUCGCUGGGACCACUGCACGCGCAGCCACGGCCCCCAGGAUGCUGCACCUCAAAGUCCAGUUUCUGGAUGACUCCCAGAAGAUCUUUGUGGUUGAUCAAAAGUCCUGCGGGAAAGGGCUGUUCAACCUCACCUGCAGCCACCUCAACCUCACCGAGAAGGAGUACUUUGGGCUGGAGUUUCGCAGCCAGGCUGGGAACCAGGUCUGGUUGGAAGCACUGAAGCCCAUAACAAAGCAGGUCAAAAAUCCUAAGGAGGUUCUUUUCAAAUUUAUGGUGAAAUUUUUCCCAGUGGACCCCGGCCACCUGAGAGAAGAGCUCACCAGGUACCUCUUCACCCUCCAGAUCAAGAAGGACCUGGCGCAGGGGCGGCUGCCCUGCAGCGACAAGAGCGCGGCGCUGCUCGUGUCCCACCUGCUGCAGUCCGAGCUGGGUGACUUCCACGAGGAGACGGACCAGGAGCAUCUGGCAUCCCACAGGUACCUGCCCAACCAGGAGUACCUGGACCACAAAAUCAUGCACUACCACCGGAGACACAGCGGGAAGACGCCGGCCGAGUCGGAUGCUCAGCUGCUGGAUGUGGCCAGGAAGCUGGAGAUGUACGGGAUCCGUCCGCACCCCGCCAGCGACGGCGAGGGGCUGCACAUCAACCUGGCCGUGACACACAUGGGGGUGCUGGUCCUGCGGGGCAACACAAAGAUCAACACCUUCAACUGGUCCAAAAUCCGCAAGCUGAGCUUCAAGAGGAAGCACUUCCUGAUCAAGCUCCACGCCAACAUCGCAGCACUGUGCAAGGACACGCUGGAGUUCACGAUGGCGAGCCGCGAUGCCUGCAAGGCGUUCUGGAAGACGUGUGUGGAGUACCAUGCCUUCUUCAGGCUGUCCGAGGAGCCCAAGUCAAAGCCCAAAGCUCUUCUGUGCAGCAAGGGCUCCAGCUUCCGCUACAGCGGCAGGACGCAGCGGCAGCUCCUGGAGCAUGGGAGGAAGGCGAAGAAGAGCCUGCCCUUCGAGAGGAAGCACUACGCAUCCCGCUACGACGAGAGGCAGUGCCGCUCCUCCCCGGACCUCCUGACCGACGUCUCCAAGCAGGUGGAGGAGCUGCGCCUGGCCUACGGCAGCCGCGGCUCCUACCAUGCCAAUGGGGCGCACGCCUCGGAGCCCACGCUGGACACCCAGCGCCGCAGCUCCGCCGUGGAGGUGACGUUUGCCGCCGAGCUGGAGCGCUCCAAGCCCGAGGCGUCCGCAUCCUUCCUGCCCCACUCCAAGAGCUCGUUCGCCUUCCCCCUGCUCUACGCAGAGCUGGAGCAGGAGCGGGCAUGGGAGCCCCCCGACCUCUUCGGUGCCAGGACCCCCCUGACGUCCUUUCGGCCCCACCAGCAUUUCGCUGGGAACAACAAAAGCACCUCAGUGGGCAACAUGCGGGAGGUGAGCGCCCGGCCGCUGGUGUACCUGGACGUGCCGUGUCCACCGCCCGCGGCCGCCCCGGCCCCGCAGGUCCUCUUCUACAUGGACGUGGCCCCACAGCCCCCAUGGCAUGCGCUGGCACCCGGUGAGGACGCAGCAAAGCACCCCAGGCAAAGCCCGAUGGGGCCCCGGGGCAGGGAGCUGCAUCGCGAGGCUGCGUGCAUGGGGAGAACAGGGCAGAGCAGGUCUCUGGCUCACUCCUUCGAUCACGGCCUCCAGGAGCAGCCCCCCAAGCGCUCCUGGAGCCAGUCGGACAUGAAAACCAUCCGCUUCCCCUUCGGCUCCGAGUUCCGGCCGCUGGGGCCGUGCCCUGCGCUGAGCAGCAGCAAAGGGGGAGCCUUUUGGCCCGUGCCUGCGCCGCGGGGGCCGGGGCCGAGGCGCUCCACGGAGCGGUACCUGGGCAGCAGCACCGAGUCCAGCGACUCCGACCCCGACCUCCUGCCCUCCGAGCACUGCUCCCUGUACGGCCGCGUGCUGCGGGCACCCGUGGCCCGCGUGAGGCUGAGCUCCGGCAGCCUGCAGCUGGAUGAGGAGGAGGAGGAGGAGGAGGAGGAGGAGCCCUUCGCCACCCGCGCUGCGGGGGACAGCACGGGCAGGUCCAGGUAUUUCACUUAGGGGCCUGGCAGCGGCAGGAGGGGCUGGCCCUGACCUGGGGCCGCAGGAGGGUGAGGCUCCCGCUGUGGAACAGUGAUGGGCUGCCCUGGGUGGGGGGUUAGGGGCAGAGGAUGUGUUAAUGGACAGCAGGGCAGGGGGCAGAAGUACCCAACCCCUACACCCCAGGGCACAGCAGAGGGGCAGGAUCCCCUCCCCGAGCUGCUGCUCACGCUCUGCGGGUGCAGCCCAGCACACAGGAGGGGUUCUGGGCUCAAGCGCACACUGAAGCUGGGACAUGGGGAGCUUCUCCCCCCUCCCAGCACCCCAAGUCCUUCUCAGGGCUGCUCUCAAGUGGAUGUUGCCACGAGCAGGAUGCUCAGGGGAGGUCAGAAAUAGGCUGAAACAGGAAAAGAACUGGGCCGUGGGUACUGCGCAUCCCGUGCAUCACUGU